AUGGAGCGUCUUCAAAUCAAUCCACUUAUUAUAGAAAACAUUCAAACUUUAAAUGAUGAUUCUGUGUACAAUAAGUACUUAUACGAGCACUAUGCACUUGAUAUUUUAAAGUUGUUUCCGAACAUCCAAACUUUAUAUUUGCCGUUUUAUGAAAUGUUUGUUCCCGAUAAUGUUUUGUCAAAAAUAAAAUACAUAAAAUUUCAUAAUUCGUUAGACCAAAAUGACACAAUAAAAAACAAAGAAUACUUUGUAAAUUUUUCAAGAUUUCAAAUUGUUACAAUUGAACAUCUCAAAAAAUAUCAGACAUAUGUUUUGUACAACAAAAGUUCUUUGAAUUUUUUAUUAAACAAAAUUGAACAAUUUUUAAGUCUUUCAGAUAUAACUAUUGUUGUACCAACGAUUGAUUAUGACGUAAAUAUACCAAAUGAGAAAGCAGAACUUUUUCUGCAAAUUGUAGACUUUAAUAUUAACGUUUUUGUUGAGUUGCAUACACUAAAAAGGAUUAGAAUUUUUGUUAGUGAUAACGAACAGUUGAAAUACUUUGUACCUUUUAUUAGUGCAUAUAGAGGUUUACUUUUAAAUUUGCUUUUGUAUUUGCCAAAUGAAGAGUUUAAAAUUGAAGAGAGAGAAAUACUUGACAAGCUCAAGCUUCAUUUUAAAAUAAUGAUACUAAAUGUUAACGACUUUUCUGUGUUUAACAACUGGGAUAUACCAAUUUCUUUACAUAAUUUUAAAGAGAGUGUUUGUAUAUAUGAAAAUGAAACACCAAAUUUUUUGUGUUUUGUUGACAUGACCAAAUUAAAGAUUGAUGAAUUAACUGUUAAAAAGAGUACUUUAAUGGAUUUGGACCUUUCUAAUAUAAAAACUAAAAAACUUGUAAUUAACAAUGACGAAAAUGUUAAAUUCAACUUAAAAAUACCAAACAAUUUAAAAUAUCUUGAAUUAAAUUCUACUGGUGAAAUUACAGUCUUUUGUGACAAUAUAACAACUGUCGAAGUUACAAAAAGAAAAGAAAUAAAAUAUCUCAAACAAGUCUCAAUGACCCACUUUUUUGGCUUAACAAAACAUUAUGAUAUGAUGUUAAGUGAAAAAUGUUAUAUUCAGUGGAUUGAAGAACAUCCACUUGAUAUUGAGAAUAUACCAAAAUUUUAUGAGAUCAAUUCAGACCAACAGAAUGUAUACAAAAUUUUUGUUAAUUUAGUAAAAGAUCUUGAAGUUCUCGAAUUUGACACUAAGUCGUUUUAUUACAAAGAAAAAUUUGACUUUACAACAACUCCCCAACUCAUCACAAAUGAAAUGAAAUUGAAAAAUUUGUCUUCAUUUGAAAUAGUUUCUAAAUCUUUUAAUUGUGUUGAAUUGCCAACUUCGCUAACAAAACUAAAGAUAAAAAAUCUUUCACACUCGACUUUUGAGUUGGAUAAUAUCAACAUCAUAACCCUGAAAAUGUUUGAAUGUAGUAACAUCAAAAUUUAUUUAAACACGACACUUAAAAAUUUAAAUAUUCGAAAAGUUAAAACUGUUGAUUUGGAGUGUCGCAGAGGAGUCAUUUAUCUCACUUUUUUCGACGCGUUGUAUUCCAAAGAAAUUAGAGGUAAAAACAUAAUCGUUGACUAUUUAAUUCCAUAUAAAGAAACAAUUGGUGAACAGGAUAUAGCCAGAACAGAGAAUGUGGUACAUUCAUUCAAUUAUAUGAAGGGAAUGUACUUUGUAAAAGAAACGUUUGAUAAUUUUAAAAGUGCGUUUUAUAAUCCAGACCCGAGUGGUAAGCCAAUAUACCCAGCAAAUAUAUAUGGAGAUAGAGCGUUUUACAAAUGCAAACAAACAAACGUCUCGUUCAAAUAUAUCAAAGAAAUUGGCGAAUUCUGUUUUGCAGAAAGUCGGUUAAAAUGUGAACACGUCAUAAG